AAUGUACUCUGAAUAUUGUAUUGGAUAGUAAAAGUUAAACUUUCCAAUAAACAAAAUAACUUAAUCUUACAAUCCUUUUGUCUAAGAUGCUCCAAGAUAAAGAUUACCUAAUGAAAAUCCAAAAGAUUAUAUGUUAUCUGCUUAUACAUCAUUAAUUCAUGUUAUUGACAUAACAUCAACAUCAGCUAUAUAUAGAGUUGAUCCCUUUGCAAAAUAUCUUUGUUGUUGGACAAAUAUUAUAAAUUAAGCAGAAAUAAGUGCAAUAUAAGAGAGAACAAAAUGGAGACAUCCUAAUUUAAUUAGUUUUUUAUUUUAUUAGGAUGUGAGUGAUAAAUAUAGUUAAAUUAAAACUAGAGAAUUCAAAAUAUAUUAUGAAUAUUUGCCUUUAGAUGUUAAAUAAUUAAUAGAAAAGAGAUCUUAAACUGGAGAAUAUGUUCCUGAGGAUGAAAUUUGGAAAAUGAUAAUAGGUCUAUCAGAUGCAUUACUAUUCUUGUAAAAAAAAGGAGUAUCCCAUUCAGCUUUGACACUUGAGUCAAUAUAUUUUGAUGAGGAAUACUUAUUAUAUAGAGUUUAAGAUGUUAGUCCAUUUAGAGCAAAAGCACCACAUUUGUUCUAUAAUUAAUUUUUAGCAUCUUUAAAUGGAACAAAUUUAAAACAUAAUUUAUUUAAAUAAGAUGUUUUUUGUGUUGGGUAAUGAUUAAUAUUAUACCUUUUUAGCAUGAUAAUAUUGUCAUUAGCAUUAUUAAGAGAUUGUAAAGAUAUAUAUAAUGAAGGAAUAUUAUAAAAUGGUCUAUUUGAAGAAAAGCUUCAGAAAUUAAAACAAUUGUAUCCAGGAAGAGUUGAAAAUGUUUUGAGAUCUAUGGUUGAUUUAGAUAAUGAAAAAAGACCUGAUUGGAAUGAAUUAUAGUAAAUUCUAUAAUAAAACAAAGAAAAAUAGAUUGGAUUGUCAGAAUAGUAGUCUAACAUAAUUUAAUAAAUAGAUAAGUAGAAAUGUAAAAUAAAUGUGGAUAUAAAUAAUAAUUAGGAAAAUAUAGAAAUGAAGAUAAAUAUUUAAAAAGGAGAUGGUUUAGAUUAAAAAUUAAUUAAUUUAAAUAAAAGAAUAUAAGAAACUUUAUCAAAAAGUAUGAGUAAAAAUUUAAGAUGA